GGCCGCGGAGGAGCGCCGGGAGGAGGGCAGGGGAGGGAGGAGGCGCCCGCCCGGCUCCCUGCAAAGCGGCCUUAUUUAUCUGGGUGCAGCCUCAGCCUCCCCGGUGGGAGGAUCGGGGCGGCCGCUCUUCUCCCACCGGGGAACUCCUCUGCAGGCGCGGCCGAGGGGGCCCGGCCAGGCCAGGACGCGGGGCGCGGGGCGCGGCCGGGCCCUGCCGGCCAGUCCAGCACCUCGACGGCCUCCGCGCUCGCCGGCGCCCGAGCCGGGCUCCCCAUGACGGGAGGUCGCCCGGUGGACAGCGUGGCAUGAGCCAGGAGCCCGGGCCGAGAGUGUGUGAGGAAGAUGUCGAGCCCGGGCAUCAACGGCGACCCCAAGCCUCCAUGCUUGCCUCGAAACGGCCUGGUGAAGCUGCCGGGCCAGCCCAAUGGCCUGGGUGCGGCCAGCAUCACCAAGGGCACCCCGGCCGUCAAGAACCGCCCCUGCCAGCCGCCACCGCCACCCAGCCUUCCACCACCCAGCCUGGCUGCCCCGCUGUCCCGGGCUGCCCUGGCUGGGGGCCCAUGUCCCCAAGCAGGUGGACCGGCCUCAGCUCUGGCGCCUGGGCCCCCAGCAGAGCGGCCGCCUCUGGCCACAGAUGAGAAGAUCCUCAGUGGCCUGUUCUGGUAUUUCUCAGCAUGCGAAAAGUGCGUGCUGGCACAGGUGUGCAAAGCCUGGCGGCGUGUGCUCUACCAGCCCAAGUUCUGGGCAGGCCUCACGCCAGUGCUGCAUGCCAAGGAGCUCUACAACGUGCUGCCGGGCGGUGAGAAGGAGUUCGUGAACCUGCAGGGCUUUGCCGCAAGAGGCUUUGAGGGCUUCUGCCUGGUCGGCGUCUCGGACCUAGACAUCUGUGAGUUCAUCGACAACUACGCACUCUCCAAGAAGGGCGUCAAGGCCAUGAGCCUCAAGCGCUCCACCAUCACGGAUGCGGGCCUAGAGGUUAUGCUGGAGCAGAUGCAGGGCGUGGUGCGUCUGGAGCUGUCGGGCUGCAACGACUUCACGGAGGCCGGGCUGUGGUCCAGCCUCAGCGCGCGCAUCACCUCGCUGAGCGUGAGCGACUGCAUCAACGUGGCGGACGACGCCAUCGCGGCCAUCUCCCAGCUGCUGCCCAACCUGGCCGAGCUGAGCCUGCAGGCCUACCACGUGACGGACACGGCGCUGGCCUACUUCACGGCGCGCCAGGGCCACAGCACGCACACACUGCGCCUGCUCUCCUGCUGGGAGAUCACCAACCACGGCGUGGUCAACGUGGUGCACAGCCUGCCCAACCUCACCGCGCUCAGCCUCUCGGGCUGCUCCAAGGUCACGGACGACGGCGUCGAGCUCGUGGCCGAGAACCUGCGCAAGCUGCGCAGCCUCGACCUCUCUUGGUGCCCGCGCAUCACGGACAUGGCGCUCGAGUACGUGGCCUGCGACCUGCACCGCCUGGAGGAGCUCGUGCUCGACAGGUGUGUGCGCAUCACGGACACUGGCCUCAGCUAUUUGUCCACCAUGUCGUCCCUACGCAGCCUCUACCUGCGAUGGUGCUGCCAGGUGCAGGACUUCGGGCUGAAGCACCUCCUGGCCAUGAAGAGUUUGCGUCUCUUGUCUCUGGCAGGUGAGGCCCCUGACUCCACCUGGACAGUGACCACCAACCCCCAUCUAGUCUGA